GGAACUUGGUUGUAGCGGUUUUUGUCCAUGGCGAUACUAGGCCUUGCAGCAAUGCCUCUUCUCUGCUUGCUUCGACGCGCAGUUGUCGAAAAGGGGAAGCGCUGGCUUUCGUUUUGCAGCUUCUCAGGUGAUCUGUUUGUUUUCACUGCACAUGGGUGAUGUCAGUCGCCUAGUGCUGCAGGAAAUGGAACAGAAGUUGCAGCUGGUGCAAUCUUCAACUUUGAACCCCGUUCCACCCGCGGCUUCACCACUUGCGCCUACCCCUGAGCAGCCUGCCAGCGCUGAGCCUGCACCACAUGAAGUUGAGACGUUGCCAGUCCAACCCAAAUCACUGGAGACACCUGACACCCCACAAGGCAAGCGGCAGCCAACGCGCCAGGAGCGUUUGCGAGCUGCUGCUAAAGCUCGACUUCGUCGUCUUUGCCAAGAGAAGAAGAAGCGCAAGAACAUGGAACUCGAGAUUGUGGUGCGCAAACGGAAAACCAUCAAGAUCACUGUGGAUGAGCAGUGGGUUUCGGAGAAGGAGAUGCGGGAUGAGCUCAAGUGGAGCCCGAAGAAUUGCUAUGAUGGCGUGGAUGAAUACUACGUUGUGAUUCGAGAGACAGGCCAGCGUGCAGAGGAGGAGUCCCAAGAAGAGAUCAAAAAGAGGUCUGGCGGCUUGGAGGCCUUUGGGGAAUCCCAGGCUCCGGCCAUUGCUGAUGGUGCCUUUGAUGGCCUGGCCGACAUGGCUGCAAGGCAAGCCGCUGAUGCAGCCGUGAAGGAAAAGCAUGUGGUGAAAUUGGAAACUCAGCUCACCAAGAUGGAUGAGCAGUAUGACCUUUGCAACGGGGCGAUGGCUCAGGGAGAGGUCCAUGGAUAUAAUGCUAAGUGCAGUGCGGCUUGUGCCUUGGAGAUGAAUGCCAAGAAGUACGAGAAGAAGGAUAUGGAUGGUGGCGCUGAUGCUUCAUCCUGCAGAGCGGCCAUCAGAGGUGCCCGCGGAGUGGUGCGUGAUAUCGGCGCAAAAGCCGCUGCAAAGAGCAAAGGGUUGAAUGAGUUGGCCCGUUGCACUCCAGAGCACAGUGAGCGAGAUUUUCAGAACGUAGCUGAACGGUUUCAGCUCCAGCUACCAGUGCCAUUGACAAGUCUUGUGAAAACACCAGGGGUUCGCUAUCAGGGCGACUUCCACGUCUUGUCAUUGUGUGAUUGGUUGAGGUUCCAUGUAGACUUCAACACAUUCCACAUUCUGACGGGCUUACACCGCCCCAAUCCUACACGGGAGCGGGAUAUUCUGCGUGAGUUCUGGAGGAGAUAUAGACUUCUUAAGCCACAUCAUCAACUUUGGCAAGUCGUUGAGGAACACAAGAUUGACUUAUCCCGCACCGCGCCCCUCCUUCUCCACGGAGAUGAGGGGCGCGGGCGGAAGAAGGCGGCCUUCUUGGUCAUGGCGUACCACAGCUACCUGGGCCGUGGCACUGAUUCUGCAAACAAAACCAGGAAGGAAAAACCAUAUCUAUCCUUCAGGCUGAACUACGGCGGAAACAGCCAUACCCACAGAAUGCUUACUGCGGUGCUUCCGAGGAUGGUGCGCGACACUGUUGCAUUUGAUGACCUCCUGACAUUUGUCAAAGCAGAUGCUCUUCAAGCGCUGAAGGACGGCGUGGUUGCGAGCUCUGGCGAGAAGUACCAUGCAGUGGUGCUGCAAGUUCUUGGGGACUGGAUGUUCUUGGCAAAAGCCGGAUCUUUAGCUAGAUCGUUUGCGAACGUGGAGAAGAGGCCCCGGGCUGCAGCAUCGCAGCCCAAAGGCAUCUGCCACCUGUGCCAGGCAGGUCAACUUCGGGUGCCGUUUGAGGACUUGCGCCCAGAGCCAGGGUGGGCAAACACACUUUUCUUGGCAGGCGAUGUGCCUUUCAAUUCGCGCCCUGUCCUUCUGGAUCUGCCUCACGAAAUUGGUAAAAGCCCUGGCUUCUUUGCCUAUGAUGUUUGGCACGCGUUUCACCUUGGAGUUGGAAAGACGUUCACCGCGGCAGUUUUAGCCAUGAUCUCUCUGCAGAUGCAAGGGUCCAACGUGGACCAGCGCUUUGCAGAAUUGACGAAGUGCUACUUGGAUUACUGCGAGUCUUCGCACUCCAGCCCCUUCCUCACCAUCAUCACGAAUCAGACCUUGGGUUGGGGGGACUUGCAGACCUACCCCAAUGGCCAAUGGUCUAAGGGACACAUAACAGUACUCAUGAUGGAGUUCAUCGUUGACUGGUUUCUUAAGAAUGGAACUGCGGGUGACCCCCUUUUUCCUUUGGCGGAGCAAGCGGCAAGGCACGUCAACGGCUUUAUGAAGUCACUUUACUCAUCCGAUCUGUGGAUUGAGAGCAGUCGUGCUAUGCAAAUUGCUCAAAUGGGCUUUGCUUUUUUGGUGUCCUACAUGCAGCUUGCAAAGCAGGCGUUUCAGGCUGGGAGAUCGCUGUUCAUAUUCAUGCCGAAAGUGCACGUUGUGCACCAUGUAGUGCACAGCAUGCAGCAGGACGCAUGCGCUGCCCCAAUGGUGCUCAACCCCCUAUCACACGGGGUUCAGGUCGACGAGGACUAUGUCGGGCGAAUAUCACGAAUCUCUCGUCGAGUGUCGCCACAGCAAGCGAUAACCCGGACAUUACAAAGGGCUUUGAAGGCCUCGAGGUGGCACUAUGUCCAGGAGGGCUACUUACGUGGUUGA